AUGCUUGCCCCAAUUGGAUUCGAGCUUCCAAAUCCAUUAAGUCCAGAAUCUCAUCCUCCUUCAAAUAUUCCUGUCUUUCUAAAGCAUCAAGUAUAUGACAAUCCUGAUGUCUUCUCCAAAGUGGAUCAGCAUGCCAUUAGAGUGGCUGAAUCGGAGUAUCCUUCUUUUCGAGAUUUACUAUGGGACCUUGUCUUCCGUUACAAGUUGUCUGAGCUUGAACGCGCGAGAGUAAUUUUUAGAUGGAUGACUUCGAAAGAUAUGUUUAAAAUACAGUUCAAAAGUGUCUUUCCUGGCACUCCCGAAGAGGUCCUUCUGUCCUUUAAACAAAACAAAGGGACAUUUGCCCGUAUAUUUGAAGCUAUGUGUAGUUAUUCUGGCAUUUAUUGUAAAACAAUCAGUGGUUAUGCAAAGGGAGUAGAUUACCUCCCUGGAGAUGGAUUUUCUGGACAGCCUCCAAACCAUUCAUGGAAUGUAAUUUUUAUUCAGGGAUCAUGGCAGCUCGUUGACGCGCAUUGGGCAACGCGUUAUCUCAGUUUCGGUCAUAAUGUGCCUGAGAAUGUAGUAUAUGAGUACGAUGAUUUCUAUUUCAUUAUGGAGCCACAGCAAACAUGA